AUGUCGGAGGAGCUGAUCCUGCAGUGGACGAAGCGCGUCUCGGACGCGGAGGAGGAGCUCAGCCGCAUGGAGGAGGACAUCAACGCCGUUAAGCAGCAGCGCAAGUCGCUUAAGGCGGACAUUCACAAGUACGAAGACGUCGUGGCGAGCGAGAAGUGCGACCUCCUCACGUCGCUAGAGCGGGUGGAGGCGCAGGCGAAGGACCUCGGCGCACAAUGCGAGGAGACGCUAACGGAGAAGGACUGCGCCGAGAGGGAGUACAUGGCUACCUUGGACGCCUACGAGAACCUGCACUUUCUCGUGCGCGAAAUCAAGGAUGCCGAGGAGCAUUUGCAGAGCCGGGACGACCUCGAGACCCGCCUGCAGCGCGAGAGCGUCAUCUGGGCGGAGGAGGAGCAUGCGCUGCGCCGUACGCUUCACCAGCUCCAGCAGCAGCAAACGCAGACCCGCCGCGCACAAGAGGCUGAGCUGCGCGAGCUAGAGGCGCAGCUGUUGAACGUCGAGCAACGUCAGCGCGACGAAAGGGCAGGGCGGUGUGGAGCGGCGGCUCAAGCGGCCCGCCGCGUGGUGCGCAGCAGUCGUCAGUCGACGCCCGCGUCACCGAAGUCUGUCGUGCCAGCUGAAGAAGACGCCUUCGUGCGUGCCAACACGGGCGGUGCGAUGCCUACCAGAUCGGCGCCGCUCAGGUCAUGCUUGAAGAUGCCAGUCAGUGGCCAUACAAGCGGCAACGCAGCAGCUACAGCCCCUCGCCCCCCUACCGCUGCCUCAGCGCCGGUGAGCCGCUGCGCCUCCCAGUCGUUGGUGUCUGACUCUGCCGCGAGCGGCGUAGGGCGGCAGGGAAUCGAUGGCGGUGAUCGGCCUUCGCUGCAAGUGCUGCCGGAGAUGCGCGCCUACUCGUACGGGGCACCAGCCAAGCCCGGGGCUCGUAAGCGCGAGUUUCUGGGAGACACCACCAACAACCAGUGA